AUGGCGCCCUCCUCGCCGGCCUCCAUUCCGCGCAUCACUGCUCUCGACUUCGACGCCAAUCGGCGGCACCGACGACAUUCUCGCGAAUCCGGACGACAUUCUCGCGAAUCCGGACGACGUACCUUCGGCGAUGAGGACUUUGACUUCAUGGGCGAAGUCGCCCAGGAAAUCAUUGAGCGGGACAGACGCAAGAUGCGCAGAGAAGUUGUACGGGUUCUGAGCUUCGUCUGCGCGGUUCUUUGCUGUCUCUGUGCCGGCUCUAUAACCUCCUUCUCGCUAUACGGCGCCCGCUUCCUGACGGAUCUUCACUACACUCAAUACCGAGUCAAUGCGGUCUCGAUCGUUGCCGAACUGGCAAUGUACCUGCCUGUCCCUCUCUACGGAUACCUCUGUGACCGGUACUCCCCUCCACCACUGGCGCUGCUCUCUACCUUCCUCUUCGGAUUCGGAUAUCUUCUGGCCGCAUAUACAUACAAGUCAGGGCCUCCAGCUGACGCCACACGUGACACGCAGCAUGGUUGGCCGUUUAGUGUGAUGAUUCUAGCAUUCAUUGGCAUCGGCUCCGGCACUAGUUGUAUGUAUCUCUCUGCGGUAGCGACAUGUGCCAAGAACUUUGCGACGGCAAAAUACCGUGGAUUCAUGCUCGCCGUGCCCAUUGCAGCGUUCGGUCUCAGUGGCAUGUGGGAGAGCCAGGUCGGCGCGCACCUGCUGUACCAGAAACUACCAGAUGGACGGAAAGGAGAAGUGGACGUGUUCAAAUACUUUGUCUUCCUGGCCGGUACAUUAGUAGGAGUUGGGCUUUUGGGCACGCUCGGGCUGCGCAUCGUCGAUGAGGAAGAACUCAUUGAACAUGGCGUCGAGAAUCUCGAACGAAGCGGCUUGUUGGAUGAAAGCGAGUUCUUUCGUGAGUCUCCUGACCCGACUCCGGCGCCGCGGACCUACGGCACCAUUGGCGAGUCAGGGUCAGGCACAGCGACACCAUCAGAUGACAACUUCUCUGAAGACUUUGAUCUCUCCGAGUCGCAACUGUUGAAGAAACGAGAACAAGAAGGACGACUGCGCAAGAAGAAAUGGUGGCUCUUGAACCACGCAACGCACGCAUUCUUAACGGACCAUACCAUGUGGCUGUUGGCCGCUGGGUUUUUAUUGCUUACAGGACCAGGCGAAGCAUACAUCAACAACUUGGGAACUAUCAUUCCGACCUUGACGCCCGAGAACUACUUUGACCUGACGAGUCCGCCGGCCGGACACGCUUCGACGCACGUCAGUAUUAUUGCGCUCGCGUCCACCAUUGCCCGUCUGUUUACGGGUACUUUGUCGGAUCUUUUUGCGCCGCCUUCGGUGCCGGACAAUCCACCGUCCACACGAGUCAGCUUUUCCCGCUUGGUCUUGCUGCUUCCGUCGGCGUUUCUUCUGUUUCUCGCCUUUGUCAAUCUCGCCCUGCCGUUUUUCACUGCCCAACAUCCCAGUUUGUUUUUGUUGUCCUCGACAUUGGUGGGACUGGGCUACGGCGCCUCGUUCUCGCUUGUGCCUAUUAUUAUUUCCGUCGUCUGGGGUGCAGAGAACUUUGCUACCAAUUGGGGUGUCGUCGCUUUGAUGCCGGCUGGCGGUGCUGCUGCCUGGAGUAUUGUCUACUCGGUGGCUUAUUCGCGCGCUGCCGACGGCGAGGAUGGCGAGUGUAGAGGCUAUGCAUGCUUCGGCACCUGGGCUAUUGGUUGUUCAGCGAGUGUUGCGGUCGCCAUUGUUUUGUGGUCUUUUGCCUGGAAGUUGUGGAAGCAGCGGAAUGUCGUCGUUUAG